CUUUGGCUUCGAUGCCAGUAUACAGUAUGGAGAUAGGAAUAGGCCUUCGGGAGCCAGCAUGAGCGAGGGGGUGGAGCUCUUGGACCCGCCCCCUUGUUUACUUCUUGGUUAGAACUGUAAUACUGCGCCUGCGCACUGGCCGCUCCACCUUUAGCGUCUGUGACAUGUGACCUGAAACCUCGUGGUUCAAGUUUAAUCACCCCGUUCUGAAAAAUGGUCACAUCCAUUCCUGUUCUAGAACUGAUAGGGACGCUACCACUGUCUGGGCUUGAGGGGAUUCUCCUAUCCGGAUGUGACAGCACGCUGACCCGGAAAAGGAGGGGGCCAGGGCAGUGGGGUCUCGGCCGCGGCUAUGGAGGGAGCCGGUUAUAGGGUGGUGUUUGAAAAAGGAGGCGUGUAUCUGCACACCAGUGCCAAGAAGCACCAAGACCCAGACUCCCUCAUCGCUGGCGUCAUCCGUGUUGUGGAGAAGGACAAUGAUGUUCUCCUGCACUGGGCUCCUGUAGAGGAGGCUGGAGAUUCCACCCAAAUCUUCUUCUCCAAGAAGGACACCAGUGGGGGUGACUCCUGCACCUCUGAGGAGGAACCGACCUUUGACCCCGGCUAUGAACCCGACUGGGCUGUCAUCAGCACUGUGCGGCCACGGCCCCGCCACUCAGAGCCCACGAGAGGUGCAGAGCCCAGCUUCCCCCGGGGCUCCUGGGCCUUCUCGGUGAGUCUGGGGGAGCUCAAGUCCAUCCGCCGUUCCAAGCCAGGCCUCGGCUGGGCAUACCUGGUCCUGGUCACGCAGGCCGGGGGCUCCCUGCCCGCCCUGCACUUCCACCGCGGGGGCACCCGCGCCCUGCUCCGCGUCCUCAGCCGUUACCUGCUGUUGGCCAGCUCCCCGCAGGACUCCCGCCUCUACCUUGUCUUCCCCCACGACUCGUCGGCCCUCUCCAACUCCUUCCACCACCUCCAGCUCUUCGACCAGGACAGCUCCAACGUGGUGUCUCGCUUCCUCCAGGACCCCUACUCCACCACCUUCAGCAGCUUCUCCCGUGUGACCAACUUCUUCCGGGGAGCCCUGCAGCCACACCACGAGGGGGCCUCCCCUGACCUGCCUCCAGCUCCUGAUGACGAGCCCGAGCCUGGGUUCGAGGUCAUUUCCUGCGUGGAGCUGGGGCCGCGGCCGGUCGUGGAGCGGGCGCCUCCGGUCACGGAGGAGGAGUGGGCCCGCCACGUGGGCCCCGAGGGUCGCCUGCAGCAGGUCCCUGAGCUGAAAGCCCGGAUCUUCUCAGGGGGUCUGAGCCCCAGCCUGCGGCGUGAGGCCUGGAAGUUCCUCCUGGGGUACCUGAGCUGGGAGGGCUCGGCCGAGGAGCACAAGGCCCACGUGCGCAAGAAAACGGACGCGUAUUUCCGCAUGAAACUGCAGUGGAAAUCUGUGAGCCCGGAGCAGGAGCGGAGGAACUCACUGCUGCACGGAUACCGCAGCCUCAUCGAAAGGGAUGUGAGCCGCACCGACAGGACCAACACAUUCUAUGAGGGCCCCGAGAACCCGGGGCUGGGCCUGCUGAACGACAUCCUCCUCACGUACUGCAUGUACCACUUUGACCUUGGCUACGUCCAGGGCAUGAGUGACCUUCUCUCCCCAAUCCUCUACGUCACUCAGAACGAGGUGGAUGCCUUCUGGUGUUUCUGUGGCUUCAUGGAGCGCGUGCACGGGAACUUUGAAGAGAGUCAGGAGACAAUGAAGCGACAGCUCGGGCAACUGCUGCUCCUCCUGAGGGUGCUGGACCCGCCACUCUGCGACUUCCUGGACUCCCAGGACUCUGGCUCUCUCUGCUUCUGCUUCCGGUGGCUGCUCAUCUGGUUCAAGAGGGAAUUCCCCUUCCCGGAUGUCCUUCGGCUGUGGGAGGUGCUGUGGACAGGGCUUCCCGGCCCCAAUCUGCACCUGCUGGUGGCCUGCGCCAUCCUGGACAUGGAGCGGGACACCCUCAUGCUUUCCGGCUUUGGCUCCAAUGAGAUCCUCAAGCACAUCAACGAGCUGACCAUGAAGCUAAGCGUGGAGGACGUGCUGACGCGGGCCGAGGCCCUCUACCUGCAGCUGACCACCUGCCGGGAGCUGCCCCACAACGUGCAGGAGGUCCUAGGUCUGGCGCCGCCCACAGAGCUCCAGAGCCCCUCGCCCCCUGCCUCCCCACUGUCGCUGUCGCCCACCCGGGCCCCACCGGCUCCGCCGCCCCCCGCGGACACAGUCCCGCAGCCUGACAGCAGCCUAGAGAUCCUGCCGGAGGAGGAGGAGGAGGAGGAGGAGGAAGGCGUGGACUCCUAACCGUGCUGGACGACGGCGGCCUGGCUCAGUACAAGACACUUUAUCCAGCUCCCGCCCCACGACCCCGCCCCUCGGGGAGGCUGGGGAGGGGAGGCGCUAAGAGGGGCGGGGCUCUCCGCCAUGCCUCCUGUCUCCUCUUAGCUGGUUUCUUGAAACUGACACUUUGCUAUCCAGUUGGCCUCGAGGAGGUGGAGGAAGGAGGCCACUAUAUUGUCUUGGCCCUGGAUGGGGAGGGGGUGGUGGCUCGUGGUCUCCUCUGACCACUCUGCAGAGUCGAUGUCACACCACUGUGACCCUGAUCCGGCCAAUGAGGCCUAAGAGGAGGCCCCUUGGGGGUGAGUGGUGGGGGUUUGUGGAGGCAGGGCUCCCUCACCUGCCUUGAGUUUGGGGCUUUUGGAGGAGUGAGGAUGGGGUGCUGGGGUGUGGCUGUCACCUAGCAGAUGUGCAGGGGCACAUCCCGGCCAUAACCAAGAUGGAAGGGCCUGCAGAGCUGCUCCCUCUGGGACCCUGCCUACCAGCUUCUUGUUAUGAGAAAAAUAAACUCGUGUUUAACCCACGGU